UGCAAAAAUUUGAUAUCCGCCAGUGGCGCGAAAGUCUAGUAUUGUUAUUGUAAACGAACUGGUAAAACGAACAUGGCAGCUGACAAAGACAGACGGGAGGAUGAAAUCGCGUCGCUGGCUGAAAUCUAUGAAGCAGAGGAGUUUUCCUGCAUCAAAAAGGAGGAUUCGGAUAGUGCAGUAGAGUGCAGGCUAAGCGGGCUCUUCAGUUUGCCAGAAAAACUGCUGAAAGUGAAAUAUUUGAAUCUUAAUCUACAGCGCAAGUGUCCGUCGUUGCCCUACUUGAAAUUUUUUGUACGACACCUGCCGCCUGCCAAUUUAUUUGUUACUUUCCCCUCCAAUUAUCCCUCGGAAAAUUCGCCCAGCUUCAGAAUCUCUGUCUCCUGGUUACCGAUCUGGGAAACUUCAAGAAUUUGUCAGAAACUUGAUGAACUGUGGUUGGAAAAUAAGGGAAAUGAAAUCCUCUUUAUAUGGAUGAAUUUUUUGAAGUUUGAGCUGCUCAGCUUCUUGGAUAUUCGUUAUUGUCUUGAUAUAUCUUUGAUCUUUACAGCUUUUGAGGACCCUGAAGAGUACUUAAACUCUGAUUUGCUUGACCUAUCUGAUCCCAGAGCGGUCAAUGAUCACAUUUUUUUGAACCCUAAAGUGUAUCUGACCAAGUACGACGUUCAUCGUCACCGCAUUCACUUUCACAGCAGUUUUUACACAUGCAAAAUUUGCUUCAACGAAAUUUCAGGCAGACAUUGCUUAGAAAUGAACAGAUGCAGUCAUAUUUACUGUAAGGAUUGCAUGAGGCAAUAUAUCAGCUUAAAAAUAAGGGAGGGUCAAGUUAACAUCAUAUUUUGUCCUGAAUACAAAUGCAAGGCAGAAGUAACGCCUGAUCAGAUCAAGGAACUCGUGUCUCCUGAGAUUUACGAGAAAUAUGAACACUUGCUCCUGAAAGUCACACUCGACUCGAUGAGCGAUAUCAUUUAUUGCCCACGCUCAAGCUGUCAGUAUCCAGUCACUACAGAUGGCGACGACACUCUUGCCACUUGCGCAAAUUGUUUUUAUAGUUUUUGCGCCUUUUGCCGUAAGGUGUAUCAUGGCGUUGCUCCUUGCACAAUGAAUUCUCAGGAACAGAUGAAACUCAUUGUCGAAUAUCAGACUGCCAAUUGUGAACAGAAAAAGUUGCUGGAGAAAAAAUAUGGGCGUAAACAGUUACAAAUUGUUGUAGAAAAACAUUUGACUAAUUCGUACUUGAAGGAAUAUACUAAACCAUGUCCGAACUGCUUGGCUCCAAUAACUAAGAUUGAGGGAUGUAAUAAGAUGAUUUGCGGUCAUUGCCAAGCACACUUCUGCUGGCUUUGUGGAAAGCAUUUAACUGGAUCAAAUCCUUACGAACACUUUGAUACGGCUAACAAUCCCUGUUACGAACGGUUGUUUGAAGGUAUGGACAUGACGGUAGAUAUUUUUGAGGAUGACAUUGAGGGAGAGGAGAUAUGGGAGGAAUUUCCUGUUUAAUAAUUUCCCCCAAAUUGCUUGAGAGUGGGGGAUGAGCUGUAAAGAGCUUAUAUCUGCAGCUUUUGGAUAAAUUGUACUUAUGCCAGCAAAUAAUAAGAUUAAGAGAAUAUGUGUUUUUUAGUUAUUUUUGUCUGUUU